GCUCCUCUCUCUCUCUCUCUCUUGGCCUUUUCUACCUACUUGCCUUCUACAAAAACCGGACCCUCCACUCAACCAAAUAUGAGAUAAUUAUUCACUUUUAGUGCAACACUAUUUGCUACAAUAACACUAUCAUAUAUACUAUAUUAUUCCAUUCUACUAAGCUACUUGUUCAUCAUCAUCGAGCCAUGGAUAAACAUGAACCUGAAGCAGUUAGAAGCACUAGCAGUUAUGUCAACAAUGGCAACAUCAAUGAUCAUGAAGGCGACAUCAUUAGGUGGUUCGAGGAAGUGUCUGCCAAGGCCGGUGCGGUCCAAACGGAGGUGCUAUGCCGGAUCCUGAAAGAGAAUUUCAAGGUGGAAUAUCUGAAGAAAUGGUUAUUAGUAGGGAAGGAAGACUACCUUUUCAUCAUAUGCAAGUUGAUCACAGAUCACCAUCCAUUUUUCUUUGGAAAAAAAAAAGAGAAAAUUUUGAUAUUCUUGUGUGGUGGGGGUGGUUUUUGCAGUUCCGGAACCACAGAAGGAAGGCAGAAAUUUGUUCCAUUCACGAGGCACAGUGCACAAACAACCCUUGAAACUUUCACUUUAUCUGCAGCAUAUAGAUCAAGGGUUUAUCCAAUAAGGGAAGGAGGUAAGAUUCUUGAAUUCAUAUACAGCGGCAACCAAUUCAAAACAAAAGGAGGGUUAAUUGCAGGAACCGCCACAACACACUACUAUGCAAGUGAGGAGUUCAGGAUCAAACAGGAGAGAACUAAGUCAUUCACUUGCAGCCCCUAUGAGGUUAUCUCCGCCGGUGACUACAAGCAAUCCACCUACUGCCACCUCCUCCUCGGCCUCUUCUUCUCUCAUGAUGUCGAAUUCAUCACCUCUGCCUUCGUCUAUGGCAUCGUCCAAGCCUUUCGCAGCUUCGAAGAGCUCUGGAGAGACUUGUGCCAUGACAUUCGACAUGGCACCUUAAGUUCUAGAAUAAAGGUACCAAAAAUGAGAGAGGCGGUGUUGGAAAUCAUAACACCAAACGAAUGUUUGGCAUCAAGAAUAGAAGGGAUAUGCGAGGAGGUAGAAGUGAUGGAUUGGUUUGGUUUGAUUCCAAAGCUAUGGCCAAAUGCAAAGUACGUGUAUUCGAUAAUGACAGGUUCAAUGCAACCAUAUUUGAAGAGGCUAAGGCACUAUGCAAAUGGGUUACCAUUGGUGAGUGGUGACUAUGGUUCAAGUGAGAGCUGGAUUGGGGUUAAUGUGGAUCCAAGUUCACCACCAGAGAGUGUCACAUUUGCAGUGGUUCCAACUUUCUCUUACUUUGAGUUCAUACCACUUUACAGACACAAACAUAGUUGCGGUUCCUCUCAUGAUGGUGGUGCUGAUGAUUUCGUUGAAGACAAGCCAAUCCCACUAUCUAAGGUUAAAGUUGGACAAGAGUACGAAAUUGCACUCACCACUUUCACUGGACUGUACAGGUGCAGAUUGGGAGAUGUAGUAGAAGUAGGUGGAUUCCACAAUGGGACCCCAAAACUUAACUUCAUAUGCAGAAGGAAACUGAUCCUAACAGUGAACAUAGACAAGAACACAGAGAAGGACCUCCAAGCAGUGGUGGAGAAAGCCUCUCACAUCCUCCAAUCACAAACAAACAACAACGCCGAGCUUGUUGACUUCACAAGCUACGCCGACCUAACAACCCAACCCGGCUGCUACGUCAUUUUCUGGGAGAUCAAAGGAGAGGCACACGAUCAUGUGCUUCAAUCUUGUUCCACUGAAAUGGACGCUGCUUUUGUUGACUAUGGCUACGUCGUUUCCAGGAAAACAAGCUCCAUAGGGCCAUUGGAGCUUUGCAUUCUGGAGAAGGGUACGUUCAAGAAGAUUCUGGACUGUUUUGUUGCAAAUGGUGCCACUUUGGGACAGUUCAAGACUCCUAGGUGCACCAAUAACCCUCUCUUGCUCAACAUUCUUCAUGCAUGCACCCUUAAGAUCUUUCGCAGCACUGCUUAUGCUUAAACAAAUUAUUAUCACUUCAACAUUAUAACUCUUUAUCAAUAAUUAAUUACUGCUUUCUUUUAUUUCAUUUUAUUUUUU